AUGAUCCACAAUGGGUUCUUCUUUUUCGAGAUAAGUCCUAUUCUAUAUAGCCGAGGAAAUACCCGGCAUAUCUGCGUAAAUCAAUUGCAAAAUAGCGUGUAUUUCAAUAAGCGCCAAAUGAAAAGCACUGAAAAAAAGCUAGGCAAAACUCGAUAUUAGGCCGCUCGAAGUUUCUAUGGCGUGUCAAUGCUGCUCGCUAGAUUAGAAGAACGGAGAAAUAGACUAUUAUUGUGAUAUUGGUGUCAGCUCAGUGUAGCUGGCAGUAAGUGUGUGUGCUAACAUCUACGGCUGUUUGUUGUUUUGAAAAUGCGGUACUGCGGGCAGGGUCCUGCUCCGCUGUGACUCGUCUACUGCUGCUGUGAAGUGUGGCCUUCGUGUGUAAGGUACUGGCAGAACCAGUGGCAGCGACUCGGAUACUCUUAAGUGACUUUGUCGCGAACCAACCCCCCUGAGUGGACACAUCUGUGAAGCGAACGUUGUGUUCGAGCUUGGUCGUCAGGCAGAGCAUGGAUGUAAAAUCCAUCAUGCUAAGGUCAUCGAGCAAGCCUGCCGGCGUCAAGCGCCUGAUUCUGAAGAACUUCGAUAAGCCAGUGGUCUCGACUACAUAUCAGGAUGAAGCCUGGAUACGGCUAGCAGAAGCCGUUGAUGCGGUUCUAACAUCAAGAAGAAUUGAGACCUCCCAAGAAGUUCUUUAUGCGUGCGUAGAGAACUUGUCCGCAAAUGGAAAUGCGGAAAGAGUUUACCAAGAGCUUCAAAAGAUUGUCGAUUCACACGUUGCCAAGGAAGCGCAAAGUUUUCUAGCACGCGAACAAGGGGCGCUUGCAUUUUUGCGGGCAAUGAAUGAGACAUGGCUUGUCCACUGCCAGCAAAUGGGCAUGAUACGCGCCAUCUAUUUGUUCCUUGAUCGAACCUAUGUACUGCAAAACUCAACGGUACCUUCGUUAUGGGACAUGGGUUUAGACGUGUUUCGUCGACACUACAUGCUGACGCACGAGAAUGUCCGCCAAAGAACAGUUGACGGGAUACUCAUGUUGAUUGAGCACGAACGAAAAGGAGAAGCGAAGGUUGAUCGAAGCUUGGUUAAGUCGCUCCUUCGUAUGCUCUCUGAUCUGCAUCUCUAUGAAGCGCACUUUGAAGGACGGUUUAUUCAGGAAACGGAGCUCCUGUACUCAGCUGAGGGUAAACUCUGGAUGGCGGAUGAUAGCGGCCACACCGUUGCAGAGUAUUUGUUCCAUGUGAGCAAAAGGCUUGAUGAGGAGAAAGAGCGGUCCGAGUACUAUCUGGAUCAUACAACUCGUAAACCGGUUAUUCAGACGGUAGAAACACAAUUGCUUGGCCAACACCUGUCAACGAUCCUACAGAAAGGUUUAGAUCAACUCCUGGAUGAAAAUCGUUUCAUUGAACUCAAACUACUAUAUACGCUUUUUAACCGGGUGAAAACUGGCCUAGCCCUCUUGUGCAUUCAAUUUAACAUGUACAUAAAAAAGAGGGGUAAAGUAAUUGUCACUGAUCCAGAAAAGGACAAGACGAUGGUGCAAGAAUUGCUUGAAUUCAAGGAACAAAUGGAUAGGGUACUGACCGAAUGUUAUGGUGGAAAUGAUAAGUUUGGAAACAGUUUGAAGGAGGCAUUCGAGACAUUUAUAAAUCAGCGGCCAAACAAGCCAGCGGAACUAAUAGCCAAAUUUGUCGACUCUAAAUUGCGGUCAGGAAACAAAGAGGCCACGGAAGAAGAACUCGAGCGGAUUCUUGACAAGAUUAUGGUACUUUUUCGUUUCAUUCACGGAAAGGACGUGUUUGAAGCGUUUUACAAGAAAGAUCUUGCCAAACGUUUGCUGGUUGGAAAGUCAGCUUCGGUCGACGCAGAAAAGUCCAUGUUAUCAAAGCUCAAACAGGAAUGUGGAGCCGCAUUCACAUCGAAACUUGAGGGAAUGUUCAAGGAUAUGGAGUUGAGCAAAGAACUGAUGGUGAACUUUAAGCAUCACAACCAAAUUGACAUGACGGUGUACGUCCUGACAAUCGGCUACUGGCCGACGUAUGCCGCUGUCGAAGACAUCAUCCUGCCGCCAUUCAUGGUCGAAGCACAAGAAGUGUUUAAAAAAUAUUACCUAAGCAAACAUUCGGGUAGGAAACUUCAGUGGCAACAUAAUUUAGGCCAUUGUGUACUUAAGGCUGCUUUUCCCGAAGGUGCGAAAGAGCUUCAAGUUUCCCAGUAUCAGGCACUAUGUCUUCUCCCAUUCAAUGAACAAGAUCAGUUGAGUCUAUCUGAUUUAAAGCAGUUAACAAACAUCGAGGAUGAAGAACUUAAAAGGACGUUGCAAAGUCUUGCCUGCGGAAAGGCUAGGGUAUUGCAAAAGACGCCACGAGGUCGCGAUGUAGAAGAUGGUGACACCUUUGAAUGGAAUGCCGAAUUCCGCAAUGUACUCUUUCGUAUUAAGAUCAAUCAGGUACAGAUGAAGGAGACAAAGGAGGAACAGAACGCCACCCAAGAACGCGUGUUCCAGGAUCGUCAGUACCAAAUCGAUGCGGCCAUCGUUCGUAUUAUGAAGAUGCGCAAAUCUCUCACCCACAACUUACUCAUCAGUGAACUAUACGAUCAGCUUAAAUUCCCGGUGAAGCCAGCGGAUCUGAAGAAACGAAUCGAGUGCUUGAUCGAGAGGGACUAUCUAGAACGAGAUAAAGAAUCUAGCAGCAAAUAUCAUUACGUCGCCUAAGAAACAGGCUUCUUUACCGUUAUCUGAAAACGCUUAUCGCCUAAAUAGGACGCGUGAUUACCUAAGUUAUAACAAAAGCAAUUAUUAUAUAACAAUAGCGAAAGGAAGACGUUGACUUGUAGUGAAAUUAUCGGCGUGGCUCACGUUAGUACGGGCCAGGUCUUUCGAAGAACUACAGCAAAAAUUGCAAAAGCAGCUAAUCGACUUUUGAACGAAACGAAAUAGCUAUCGAAUUUUUGAUCAGCACGUGAGUGAUAGAAGCCAACAUGAAGAUGGCAAGUAUCAAGGGUUGAAGCAAAAUGCGGCUGUUUGAGCAACUACUGAGCAAUGUAGAUUUUGGCUUAUACAGGCCCAACGGUAGAAGCCAGCUGCGCCUGGCAUAUGUUAUAUAAAUAAUGUAUGCAUAUAUAUAUACACUCUAUAGAUAUCGGGUGGGUUGACCUUAAGAGUAACGUGUUUUGCGCGAGAUAAAUUUGUGCACCGGGAACGGAUCCACAUCGGCGGAAAGUCCAGCGUUGUUGGUAGAAUCUGCCAGGCCUAGCAAAAAUAAUGACAUGAAAGUGUA